AUGGCGCGGUUGCUGGAUGGAAGCGAGUACCUGAGUCCGACGGGUCGCAUCAAGAUUGUUUCGCACGCUAUACAGAGUGUGGGUGUUACGGCUGUGGUGCCAGGGGAUAGGGCUAGCAAGAAGUUCGACGAUGGGGUUAUGAGGCUGGAUAUUCCGCACCCGCUCAGUCAGCCUGCGCCGCGGUUUGAUAGUCAACAGGAUCUCGACAAGGAAAACGUCAGCAAGGAUGCCGUGUUCCUGGCGCUUCACGAAGGGCCGCAGAGUGCGUACUGCAUUGGGAUGUUUACGAGCAAGAGUUUGGCAUGGGGUGCCUGUUUGAAAGAUAAGGCGUGGCUAGAGUGGUCAGACCCGCUGACUGAAGAAGAGAGGAGUGUUGAGGAGAACGAUAUGCCACGGAUCUCUGCCAGGCUCGUGGGAAGCGGACGACAUGCGUGGUUUGUGAGGGCUUUUGAGGUCGAUGGCAGGUGA